AUCGCCUCCUCGUGGGGCCCUGGGAUUCACAGCCUGGGGACAUUCCUGUCCCCGGGGACUGCAGGGACAGUCCAGAGCCCCUUCCUGCCCGGGAGCCCCAACCCUCCUGAGAUCCAGGCUGCUGCACCCUUCACCUCUCCUGUUGUUGGCUGAAGUCCUCGGUAUCCUUGGCUGGAGGGUGAAAGGUGCUGAAUCCCCACCACCAUGGCUCAGCCCAAGGGCACAGUGGUCCUGGCCUACAGUGGGGGGCUCGACACCUCCUGCAUCCUGGUGUGGCUGAAGGAGCAGGGCUACGAUGUUAUCGCCUACUUGGCCAACAUUGGGCAGAAGGAAGAUUUUGAGGCAGCACGAAAGAAAGCACUGGCACUGGGGGCCAAGAAGGUUUACAUCGAGGACGUGAGCAGGGAGUUCGUGGAGAGCUUCAUCUGGCCGGCAGUGCAGGCCAACGCGCUCUACGAGGAUCGGUACCUGCUGGGCACGGCCCUGGCACGGCCCUGCAUCGCCCGCGGGCUGGUGGGCAUCGCCCAGCAGGAGCGAGCUGCCUACAUCGCCCACGGGGCCACGGGCAAGGGCAAUGAUCAGGUUCGGUUUGAGCUCAGCUGCUAUGCCCUGUGUCCCAAGAUCAAGGUUGUUGCACCGUGGAGGCUGCCUGAGUUUUACCAGCGCUUUCCUGGCCGCCGUGAGCUGAUGGAUUAUGCCAAGAAACAUGGGAUCCCAGUGCCUGUGACGCCUCAGACACCCUGGAGCAUGGAUGAGAACCUAAUGCACAUCAGCUACGAAGCCGGGAUCCUGGAGAACCCCAAGAACCAGGCUCCUCCCGGGCUCUACACCAAGACCUGUGACCCAGCCAAGUCUCCUGACACCCCAGAUGUGCUGGAGAUCGAGUUUGAGAGGGGUGUCCCAGUGAAGGUCACCAACACUGGGGACGGAGCCACUCGUUCCUCGGCGCUGGAGCUCUUUGUGUACCUGAACGACAUCGCGGGCAAGCACGGCGUUGGGCGCAUCGACAUCGUGGAGAACCGCUUCGUGGGGAUGAAGUCCAGAGGUAUCUAUGAGACCCCAGCAGGAACGAUCCUGUACCAUGCACAUUUAGAUAUCGAGGCCUUCACCAUGGACCGGGAAGUGAGGAAAAUCAAGCAGGGGCUCUCCCUGAAAUUCUCAGAGCUGGUGUACAACGGCUUCUGGCACAGCCCUGAGUGUGAGUUCCUGCGGGAGUGCAUCGGGCGCUCGCAGGAGCCCGUGGUGGGCACCGUGCGCCUCUCUGUCUUCAAGGGCCACGUCUACAUCCUGGGCAGGGAGUCCCCACGCUCCCUCUACAACGAGGAGCUGGUCAGCAUGAACGUGCAAGGGGACUACGAGCCCGCUGAUGCCACUGGCUUCAUCAACAUCAACUCCCUCAGGCUGAAGGAAUAUCAUCGUCUCCAGAGCAAGGUCACCGUAAAGCAGGAUGAAUAGCAAUCAAUGCCUCCCGCUCCCCUUUCUAAUUUCUGGAAGAAGUAGCACUAAUUGUGGUGGCAAUUGGUAAUUGUAACUCGUCUCCCUGGAGCGGAGGUGACGGCUUUGUUACGGGGCUGCAAGUGAAAUGCAAUCGGGGGGGGAAAAAAAAUAUGUUUGUCCAUCGGAGGAGAAGUGGGGAAAGAAAUAAACCCCGGCCACGCGCAGGUCCGGCAUGGAGAGCCGGGCUUUAUCGCUUUA